AUGGACGCGAGCGUGGAUCGACGUCGCCGUUGUCCGCUCCUCUUCUGCUACUGCUCGGACGCGAACACAAAACUCAGUCGCCGCCGUCCGCUCCUCCUCGCCUCAAGGAUGCGAGCACAUGCCGCCGUCCGCCGGUUGCCGCUCUCCUCUGCCGCCUCAUGGAUGCAAGCGAGGGUCUCCGGCACCAUCGUCCGCUCCACCUCUGCUGCCCCACGGACAUGA